CUGACUUAUCGUGCAACAUACCCGAAUUAUAGUUAUGAACACAAAAAUGUUUGGCAAUUGCUUUUGCUAGUUUCAAUUGCUCUGAGCACGUGAUCGGAUUAGUUUUGCAGCAAACCAUGUAAGAGGAAACCUCCAAAGCUUUCCAAGCUAAUGCAAAAAGUGUGCCAAAGCUAUAAAAGACUAUGCAAAGUCAAAUUAAAAUUAAUUUAAUUCAUAAACUCAUGGCCAUGCAGCCGAGCAGAAGAAAUUGUCGAUUUUAUUUGCUGCUUGCACUGCUUGCCACAGUUUCCGUGUUGCUGUUGCACUAUCAGCAACAAGUGCGUUACUUGCAACUGCAGCCGCAAUUAAAUAAAUUAGCAUUAAUUGAAACAAGUGCAAGUCCACGCACUAGAGACUUGCAGCAGUUGCUAAAGUGUCGCAAUCGUCGCUUGGAACUGCAGAAGUUGCAACAUGGCGAUUUCUGGGUGAUUGAGAAUCUGAUAGCAGGUGAAGUUAGUCGCCACAUGGCCUGUGCUGAAUCAAUUACGUAUACUACCAAUGGAGAUUAUACGUUUUUUGAUAAUCUGGAAACGAUAGCAGAGCGUUGGCGUGGCCCCAUCAGCUUUGCCGUGCAUACGCCGGGCUUUGACCUGAGCACCACUUUGGAUGCCAUACAGUAUGUGCGCAACUGUUUGCCGGGCAGCGCAGCGAUCAGAGACUACGUCAGUUUUCAUGUUUACUUUGGUCAGCAGCAUAUGCCGCCAGUUGUGCCCUUGAGCGAAGCGGAAGCGCUGCGUUGGCCCAUUAACUGCGCUGAAGCAACAGAAAUGCCGCCACCUAAAAUUACAAUGUACAAAACGCUGGCCAAUCUCACUUAUCCCAUUAAUGUGGGACGCAAUAUAGCGCGCCAGGCAGCCAAUACGCAUUUUAUAUUCGCCUGCGAUAUUGAACUGUAUCCCAGUUUGGGUUUUGUGCAGCAGUUUUUGGAUUUAGUGCAUCGCAAUCAUAGCGUGUUGGCUCUGGAGCAGCAAAAGCCCAGAGUCUUUCCAUUGCCUGUGUUUGAGAUCAAUGCGAAUGAGAGUUUGCCUGCUAAUAAGCCUGAAUUGAUGGCUUUGUUGCAAGCUGGGCGCGCUCAGCUGUUUCAUGCCCAGAUCUGCACUGUUUGCCAUCGAGUGCCUGGCUACAAGAGCUGGAUAAAUCAAACACUUAAGCACGAUGCGCAACUCAAGGUGCUUGAUGUGGGUCAGCGCGUGGGCAGCUAUCGCUACUGGGAGCCCUUCUACGUCAGCGACAAUAGCGAGCCUUUCUUUGAUGAGCGCGUCACUUGGGAGGGGCAGUCCAACAAGCGCAUACAGGGCUACGCCAUGUGUCUGCUGGACUACGAGUACCAUGUGCUGCAUCCUGCUUUUCUAGUUCACACGCCUGGCAUUAAACAGUUUGAUGCCAAAUCGAAACGUUUGAAUUAUGUCAAGGCUAUGAACAGAUUAAUAAACUAUAAAAUAAAGCCAGAGUAUGCUGUGCUUUAUGGCACGAAUAAUAAUUGCACUACAUAA